AUGUCAUCUAAUCAUCUAAGUAUACCCCAAAGUCCUACUCCAACAGCAACCACUUCAACUCCUGCAUCUACACCAUUUAAUCCAAGAACCCACAGGCACAAACGAUCACAAGCUAUACUGGGAGAUUUUGAUGGCUUAGGUCUAUUUAAUAUACCCCCACCUCCACCAUUAUCUUCUCCGGGUGGGAGUGGUAGUGGUGGUGGCUCCUCAGUAGCAGCACAAUCGAUACCCAAUACCUCCACACGUUCAUCAUAUUAUGGUCAUCGUUCAGCUUUAUCCAAUAGCAAUGUUUUUGGUACAACUGGCAGUCCUGCUCGUCACAAUAACAGCAAUAGCACCAGUAGGACCAUUUCUGCAUCAGCACCAAAAGAAAGAGUUGUUGGAUUUGCCGAGACUCCUCGAACUAAAACCGAUGAAGAUUACGCGCUAGAUCGAUAUUUUCAUUUCAAUAACAAGGACGAUUUUGCUAACCCAAUUGAUAAUGGAUUUGCCUUUCCCAAGAGUGAAUUUGAUCAUGAACAUGGAGAAGAAGAAGAAGAAGGCGAUGACUUGCAUAACUUUAGUACUUCACCAACGUCUCAAGGAGUCACUUACACUACAAACUUUAGAAAAAGUUUGAGUUCACCAAUACAACUCUCUAAUAAACUAUCGCAUUCAUCAUUGCGACAACAAAGUACACCGCAUCUACUGCAAUCGCCUCGACAUCUAACCUAUCAACUGCUGCAACUGCAAUUACAGCAUCAACAACUACAACUGCAAGAACUGGAUGUACCUGAUGCAAUGAUAGAUUUGGAUUAUAUCCUCACUGCAAACUUGCAUAUUGGACUGCAACUACAUGACGACACCAUCUUCAGCACUGAUGAAUUCUUGGGCUCACCAGCAAUUGCAGAAGAAGAGGACACGAUGGAAGAUAAAACUAUAUUAGCAUCAACAACGACUCUCAAAAAUCAUGAUGAAAUCGAGGAACAAGAUUUACAAGAACUACAAUUGGAUGAAGAAGAUUCUGAAGCUUUACCACAACCUACCAAUAACUUUUAUUCCCUGACUAAUUCAUCAUCGUCUAGUUUCAACUCAGUGCCACCACCAAGUUCAGCUCUCCCAACAUCUUCUUCUUCUUCUUCAGCACCAGCACAACCGCCAACGCCAUCAUUUUCAACUCCAACGCGACAAAGAUCUGGAGCUAAAGCCCAUCGAUAUCAAAUCUUCUAUGACCAAUCUAAUCGUAUCUCCAAUGCAAUGAGAGGAUCUGCUGAAAGCAUAGAUCGAACAAGCACAAACACACCACCAUUAUUAGUGACAGGACUACCACAAUCACCAUCAAUAUCAGCCACUUCUACUACGACAGCAUCACAGUCCAUACAUGCGACUAAUACGGGGCAAACUCCUGUACAAUUACAACAACAACCAUCAAUGCGCAAGACAAGAUAUCUUAAUCAUUAUUCAUCGUUGCCUACCUUAAAGAGUAAACGAUCUUUUUCUUCAAUAAGGUAUAAUGAAUUGAAGAAGGUAUCAUCGCCGACUAAAGAGUAUUAUCGUUUACAAUCAACAUUAUCGCCUUCAAAGUACAAUGGGAAUGGAUUUAAUAACACCGUGCAUUCCGGAGGUAGUAACAACAAUAACAACAUUAAUGGUAGUAACAAUACCGUUGUUCCCAUUGACCUACCAACUACAUUACAUCCUCCAGUACCACAAUGCUCCACGCCGUCUACAUUAGCGACACAGUCCACAACGGAAUCAGUAUCGACAGCCAUAAGCAACAAACGGGGUGACGCUUCAACCAGUCCCAUUAGUGUCAAUUCGGAAAUAUCAUCGAUGGUCAUUUCCGAUGGGAAAUCGGUACCGCAGCAAGCAGAAGUGGUGGAAUCAGGUGACAAACCAGCAAUUGUUGUUUCUACAAGGGAUUUAGAACCAUCACUGCCUAUGCAAGACUCAGCAUCAACUAUCUCAUCGCAUUUGUGCCCAAUUCCCCAACUGGGACAUAGUAAUGAUAAUCUGAUUCUGCUUCAAAGUGAAUCUACAAUACUGAAUACACUGUCACCACAUAUAGUCACCACCACUACCAUCACCAAUGGCUCAAAUAAGUCUUCCUCGUCUAUUCAAGAGAGUGCUGGUUUAAAUCCGGUGAAUAAUAAUCACCCACAAAUUGUGUUGGCCCCCCCUCCACCAUCAUCGGAUAUAUCCACGGUGCAGUCACUGCCUAUGUCAUCAACGUCGUCACCUACGUCGCUGACAUUUAAACCAUCUCGCUCAUCUUCACCGACAAAGAAACUGAACAAGUUGGGUAAACCCAGUACUGCCACUCGUCGUCCUCUAUCACCAGCAGAAUCAAAUUUUCUCAAACAAACUCAGAUUCCAAAACCUAAAAAGAAGUUGGAUGCACCAAUGAGCAAGUAUGAUUAUCACAAUUAUCCUAAACGAGAAGGGAACUUGGACAAGCUGACAAAACAUGGUGAUGGCGAUGAUGUAAUGUCAAGCUCAUCAAAUGCAUCAUCUUCGGCAUCUAUGGUGAAUGAGAGUGAUGGAGUUCCAUUAUCAAUCAGUUUGACCAACGAAACUAAAAUCAAAAGAGGAAAAGCUAAUGGAACUUUUGCAGCUAGAAGAAGAGGACAUACCAGAUCAAAAAGUAAUGUUGAAGAUUCAUUGUCGCUGGCGGGGAUGAAACGGAGCUCUAGGUUUUUUGACUGGUUAAGAAAAAAAUAG